AUGGCUGCGAAUAGUCAGAUGCACAACUUGACCACCCUCAUCAAGCGCCUUGAGGCUGCAACCUCUCGCCUUGAAGAUAUCGCUUCUUCCACCGAACCGCCCGCCGAUGCUGGUGUUCUGAACCAGGCGAUACCCUCUCCUCUCAACCCCUCUUCGGUCGCUCCUCCUCCCCCCACUGCAGCUGCUGCAAAGCCCGAGUCUCCCGCCGAGCCUCUUCCCGAAUCUAUUGAAGAAUUCGAUGCUUUCCUGAACACCGCCGUCGAGAAAUAUGUUAAGCUUAGCCACCAACUCGGUGGGCUCAUUGCUGAACAGGCUUCGUUUGUCAAGACUGGCUUUCAGGAACAACGCAAGUUCCUAUUGAUAUCGACCAAGGCAAAGAAGCCCGAUCUAGCUGGUCCUGGUCUACCCGUCUAUGAAAGCCUCAUCAAGCCAAUCAACGACGCACUUAUGGCUGUUACUGAGAUUAAAGACAACAACCGCCCCAGCCCUAUGAUCACGCAACUGAGCACUGUUUCCGAAGGUAUUAUGGUUCUCGCCUGGGUCACUGUUGACACCCGUCCGUAUAAGCAUGUGGACGAGUGCCUAGGCGCAGCUCAAUUCUUUGGCAACAGAGUCCUUAAGGAGUCGAAGGAGAAGGAUCCCAAGCAGACCGAAUGGGUUCAGAGCUUCUACCAGGUGUUCAAAGAUCUUGCCGAUUACGUCAAGCAAUACUUCCCCAACGGUAUCCCAUGGAACCCCAAUGGACAACCCGCUCAGGAGGUUUUGAAAUCGCUGUCUAGCGACUCGGCGCCUUCUCCUGCUCCUGCUCCUCCUGCUGGUGGAGCUCCUCCCCCACCUCCUCCCCCAGGCCCUCCUCCUGUUCUGGAUAUCAAGACAGAGGAUGCCCCUGCGGCUGCCUCAUCUGGUGGUGGUUUCGGUGCUGUCUUCUCGGAACUCAACAAAGGUGAAGGUGUCACCAAGGGCUUGCGCAAGGUGGACAAGUCUGAAAUGACACACAAGAACCCAUCCCUUCGCAGCGGCUCCACGGUUGAAAGCAGCCAGAGGGGUAAGAGCCCGGCUCCUGGCAAGAAGCCUAAGCCCGAGAGCAUGCGUAUCAAGAAGCCUGCCAAGAAGGAGCUCGAGGGCAACAAGUGGACAAUUGAAAACUUUGAGAAGGAAUCCGAGCCUAUCGAGAUUGAGGCUUCUUUGACGCACUCUGUCCUCAUCAGCCGUUGCAACAACACUACUGUCAUUGUCAGGGGUAAGGCCAACCAAGUGACUGUUGAGAACUCCACUCGUCUGUCCUUGAUUGUUGAUACCCUUGUGUCAACUGUCGAUGUUGUCAAGGCCCAGAACUUUGCUCUCCAAGUUAUGGGUACCAUUCCUACUGUUAUGCUGGACCAGAUCGACAGCGCGCAAAUUUACUUCAGCAAGGAGAGCAUAGGAACCAAGGUCUUCACGAGCAAGUCCGCAGGCAUCAACCUUAAUGUCAUCUCCGGUGAGGACGAUGACUACAAGGAGGUGCCUCUGCCCUCGCAGAUUUGCUCUUACUACGACGAGUCUAAGGGAGACUUGGUGAACGAGAUUGUGGCUCACGCCGGCUAA